CACUUACGGGGCCCUAUAGAUUCUUUAGGGGGUGCACCAGAGCUCUGUAGGCCCUUUGGGAGCAGCUAGAGGGGCCUAUAGAUGCUUUAGGGGUCUUUCUAUGGCCCUAUAGGCCCUUUAGGAGCCCCUAUAGAUCCUUUGCGGGGGUUCCCGGGGCCUUAUAGAGCCUGAGGGUCCUAUAGCCACUCUAGGCGGCCCUAUAGAUCUUUCUGGUGCCCCUAUAGAUCCUUUGGAGGGGUUUCUGGGGUCUUAUAUUGUUUUUGGAGCGGGUUCAAGGGCCCUAUAGGCUCUUUAAGGGUCUGCCCUGGGCCCUAUAGAUUCUUUUGGAGGCCCUGUCAAUGUGCAGGUUCAUAUAGAUUCUUUAGGGAUUGUCCCCUUACAUUUUUUUUUGGGGGGGAGAGGGGGGGUUCUCCUUGGUCCCCUAUAGGGUCUGUCAGAGUUCUCCAAGCUCAGUCACCGUAUAGAACAGCAGGGAUCCAUCUAUGGGUGUCGUAUAGAGGAAAGGUUACCCUAUAAAUACAUUGUCCCCCACUGAGGGGGUUUCUAUAGGGGUAAACAAUAAAUAAGGGGUGGGGGGGGGGGGGGGGGGGGGAGUCUAUAGGGGCCCCCAUCGAUGCCCGGGGAGGAUCUAUAGGGGCCUAUAGGGGCCAUGGCCUCCGUGCCCGUCUAUUGCCUGUGCCGCCUGCCCUACGACGUCACGCGCUUCAUGAUCGAGUGUGAUGGCUGCCAGGACUGGUUCCAUGGCAGCUGCGUGGGGGUGGAGGAGGAGGCGGCGGCCGAGAUCGACCUGUAUCACUGCCCGCAGUGCGCCGUGCUCAGGGGGCCCUCCGUCAUGAAGCGGCGCCGGGCCGCCCCCAAAGGCGCCGCGGGGGACGCGGAUGUGGGGCGCCCCAUAAGGACCGGCAGCGCUCAGUUCGUGCGGGAGCUGCGGGGUCGCACCUUCCCCAGUGCAGACGAGGUGCUGCUGAAGCCCAGCGGGGCGCAGCUGACGGUCGAAUACCUGGAGGAGAAGAGUUUCAGCGUCCCCAUCCUGGUGGCCCGCAAAGAGGGGCUGGGGAUGACGUUGCCCCCCCCCAGCUUCGGCCCCCGCGACGUCGAACACUACGUGGGUGAGUGGGGGCGGGGGGGGGAUUAAAGGGGGGGGUCCUGA